CGACCCCCCCCCUCCCCGCUUCCUCCUAUUCUGUCAGGGGAUAAAGGGAAGGCGGCUGUAGCUGGAGGGCUCCUCCGCUUGCUGCUGGUGCUGCACUGAGGCGAAGGGCGGCGGCCGCCGCGGCCCCCAGUCUCCACCUGGCAGUCUCUUCUUGACCUGGGCGGCGGGGCAGCACAGCAGGGGGCUGGAUCCUAUGGUGAGAAGGAGGAGCAGGAGCCGGGAUUGGGGGCCGCCGGCGCUUCCCGUCUGGUCGGGAGGCGGCAGCGGUAGCAGCCGGAGGAGGAGGAGCUGCAAUAGCGGCGGCGCGGAACUGGAGCGGCUGCCCGCGAACAUGGCGGCGGCGGAGCCCGCGACCGCCACCAACGCCGCCCCUCCUCUCCUGCCAAGUGGCGGCGGCGGCUUGUCUUCGGGAUCGGUGCCGGUGCUCUUCUGCUUCUCGGUGUUCGCCAGGCCUUCGACGGUGCCCCACGGCUCCGGCUAUGAGGUGCUGAUCCAGAAGUUCCUGAGCCUCUACGGCGACCAGCUUGACAUGCACCGCAAGUUCGUGGUGCAGCUCUUCUCCGAGGAGUGGAGCCAGUACAUCGACCUGCCCAAGGGCUUCGUGGUCGGCGAGCGCUGCAAAGUGCGCCUGGUGCCGCUGCAGAUACAGAUAACUACAUUGGGCAAUCUCACACCUUCAAGCACUGUGUUUUUCUGUUGUGAUAUGCAAGAACGAUUCAGACCAGCUAUCAAGUAUUUUGGAGAUAUCAUCAGCGUAGGCCAGCGAUUGCUUCAGGGUGCAAGGAUUUUAGGAAUCCCAGUUAUUGUAACAGAACAGUAUCCUAAAGGUCUUGGAAGCACAGUGCAGGAAAUUGACUUAACUGGAGCUAAACUUGUUGUCCCGAAAACAAAAUUUUCUAUGGUAUUGCCUGAAGUUGAGGCUGCAAUAGCAGAGAUUCCUGGAGUCCGCAGUGUUGUUUUAUUUGGAGUAGAAACUCAUGUGUGCAUCCAACAGACAGCGCUGGAAUUGGUGGGCAGAGGUCUGGAAGUUCACAUUGUAGCUGAUGCAACCUCCUCAAGAAGUAUGAUGGACAGGAUGUUUGCCCUAGAGCGUCUUGCUCGCACCGGGAUUAUUGUUACCACAAGUGAAGCUAUAUUGCUACAACUGAUAGCUGACAAAGAUCAUCCCAAAUUCAAGGAAAUUCAGAACCUCAUUAAGGCAAGUGCUCCAGAGUCGGGGCUUCUUUCCAAAGUAUGAAGAUUACAUUCUUGCAAGAAACAGGGCAAUGAAAGAAAAUCUAAAGGUGUAAACACACACACACACACACACACACACACACACACACACACUGGGAUAACCAUAAAGCUACAGAUUGAUGUAUUUGUGCUUGCCUUAGCAGAACUUGUUUAAUUAUUCUGUCCAGGUGCCAGUGUAUUUUGUUAGUCACAGCUCUUAAAGCCUUUGGGUUCCAUAGGAUCAUUUUGUGGUCAGAACACACUUUAAAAACAGAUGUGCCUGUUCGUCUGUACAGUACCCACUGAUUGUAACACAGCUCCAAAAAAGUGCAUAUUCUGUGAAACCUUUCUUGAUUGUACAAAUGUACUGUGGUAUUGUUUCACUCUUUGUAUUACUAAUACAAUAUAACAUAGAUAAAUGUGAUAUAACAUAUUUUAACACUCUACAAUGGAAUCAUAUUUUAAAUGAAGUAGAAUAUAUACAUUUUUGGAAAAACUGCUGCUUAUAAUUAAACAAGCUAGAGGAACAAAUACUGUAGAUGCAUUACUUUAGGUAGCUAAGCAUAGCUUGGUUGGUUCUUGAUUAUUCAAGACUUCAUUACUGAAUGCUGUUCCACAGUCAUUUUAUGGGCUGACAUCCAGAGCAGACUGAUGCGGAUGGUGCUACCCACUCACCCACCCCCAUUGCUGUGGCCUUGCAGCAAAGUGCAGACGGUUUUGUACAAGUGCUCCCAAAGGUUUUGCCUGUGCUCCCAAACUGCUCCUUAGGCCAGAAACACACCACUGAUGGUCAAGUGGUGCUUUCUCAUCAAGGAGUGCUUCCAGAGCAGGGCAAGCUCCUCAACAUAUUUGCACAAGAGCAUCUGCACUUCUCUCUGCGAGCCUGUAGCAGUGGGAAAGGAUUAGCACUGCCUGUGUUAGGCUGCUCUGGAUUUUAGCCAUUGUAAAGUUAUAACUGGAAUGAGUCUAAAGGUUAAUUGACUUUCAAAUCCUAAACUACUCUGUCAACUUAUUAAUUAGACUGUAUGAGUGAUUGAUGAUACUGAGGUGGGAGAUGUUAAAUCAUGUGUAGACAAUUUAGAGGAAAAUGUUUAAAGUGUUAAGUACUAAAAUAACUUUUUUUUCUGGAUAUGUUGGGGGGAUUUGUUUUUAAUCCCUGUAUGUCUAGAAUUAAUGAACUCCAUCUGGCUUUUGCAUUAGAUCAAGCAAGGUUUAGGGGGAAAGCAGCUUCUUAAGUUUAUGCAGUAUGUAUGCUGAGUAAGCUUUAAAAAGAUUCUGGUGUGACGGCAUUUUGAAAAGGGCAUCUAUAACUUGAUGCAGUAUUUUAUAGCUGGAAGUAAAUUUGAACAAUAGUGCUGUUACUGCAGUGAAUUUAACUCAGGUGGUAUGAUUAAAAUUGAUAUAUGGUUUAUAUGAAUAAAAUACUUGAGUUUUUAGGAAGAUUUUGCAAUAAGACCCACAGUACUAACUGGUUUUGUUUUGUUUUUUAAACAAUGCAUUAUUGAUAAGUUCUUAUAUGUCCCACAACCAAUGACUCUAAAAGGAAUUAUCUUGGUCUGUUGAAAUAAAUGCAGAUGUUUACUGUG